AGCCAUUUUGGCUCCAAGCAGGACCUCGGAGGAUUGGGUCUGUCAGCCUUUUUGGACCCACUUGCCCUGAGCAUGCCUGCGCAACGCAGACUGAUCAGCAAGGCUCUCGCCUUGACCUUGGCUGUGGGUGCCUGCCGACUUGCCUCCCCUGGCGGUGCGGGCUCUGCCUUCGCCCCCUCCACGGCCACACUGGCGGCACCCAAGCGGGUCGUAGUAGCAGACUGCACCCACGCGGAGCGCGAUGCGGACGCCAGGGUACUCGAGAAUGCUCUCCGCGGCGCCAUGGCUUUCUCCGCCUCUGAGGCUGCGCUGGACCACGCUGGCUCGGAGCGCGACGCGGACGCUUGGGUGCUCGAGGAUGCGCUCCGCGGCGCGUUGGCUUCCUCCGCCUCCCGUGCUGUAGUGGACCACUCUUACUCGGAGCGCGACGCCGACGCUUGGGCGCUCGAGGAUGCGCUGAGCGGCGCAAUAGCGUCUGCCUCCCGUGGCGGUGCGGGCUCUGCCUUCGGCCCCUCCGUGACCGCAGUGGCGGCACCCGCUCGGGCUAUAGGAGACCGCACCGACGCGGAGCGCGACGCGGACGCCAGGAUGCUCGCGGAUGCGCUCCGCGGCGCGGAGGCGGCCGCUUCCUCCGCCUCGUCCGACCCAGGGCCGCGGCUCUGGUCGGGAGGCGCCCUCGCCGAGCUGUUCCCAGAGACCCUGCUGAACCCGACGUGGGCAACCUGCUACGUGGAGGCCCGGCUGCCCACCAGGCCCGUCAUGGAGGAGUGGGUCAUGCGCGGAGAGCGCGAGGUGAUCGCGCUGUUCAAGUCCUGGCGCCGGUCGUCCCAGGAGGCCACGAGCAUCCGGUGCGUGGACACCCCUGUGGAGGACGCCCUGCAGUCCGAGUGCCUGGCGUGUGCCGCUCACGACGGGGUCCAUGCGCAGAUGGCGCCCUUUGCCGUGAGCGGGCAAGUCUCCUCGGAGGGCGUGAUGACGUUCCUGACAGGAUCCUCGCAGUGCAUGGCGUCCGCGGCUCGCGGGCAGGGCUUCUGCAAGAGCGGUCAGCUCUUGCUGGGCUGAGCGCCCUGCGCCAUGAGACCAGAGACUGUGGCACACAGUGCAGCCGUCUUCUGGCAACGCCGUUGCACGUGGUAGAGUUAUUGUUUGCAUCUUGGCACGGUGGCGGAUUAUGGCACCGCGUGCUUUCACGCUCGCGACCACCAGCCGCUCGAAGCACACUAGAGGGUCGAAAGGACGUGUGUGUGCGUCCUGAUUUUGCGGCUUCUCUAGGGGCCAUGUUUGGUUCGCGUGGCCACCGUCGGCACCCGUCGAUGGGAAGCCCUCCACGCGAGGGCAGCGCGCUGCCGAACUGACCGCUCGUGCCGUCAGGAGCGUUUGCUCCAGACCGCGGGCGUGCUGCCUGUGCGCGCCGCGGCUCUCCUGGCGCGGCCUUCUGUUAUCGACUAGGAGGAAGUAAGAGGGAGGACUUAGGCAGUCGAACCACUGGCGUUGGUCCAGAUUUUUCGCAGUUGUUGCUGCUUGAGGCUUGAGGCUGCUUCCAGCUUGUUUUUCUUUCCCCCCGCACUUCUGAUGGUGCGAAUUUUUAACGGUGCGGGCCAAAGAGCUUUCGACCCCCAGGACCCGCUCUGCGCCGUGAUGCGCCCGUCGGAGGCCCAACCAGCGUGCCUGGGUCUGGGCGACGUGCACGCGGAGACCCAACCGACGCGGGGGCGGGAUCCCCGACAUCUGGGCGACAGCCACCCGACGGUUUUCAGGGCGCCGCGCGCUCCUGCGCAGGCCGGGUCAAGCGGGGGCGGCCCGAUCAUGCCCGCCAGGUGUGAAGGGUGCGAUCCGGCGCACAGGAGAGCAACGGCAGAAGGCACAGAGAUGAGGUUCAAGGAAGAGCAGGACCGAGUAAGCCCAGAUCGGUCCCCGCGCGAGUCGCUGCUGGUGUCCGCUCCCUCUGCUGGAUGGUCGCCCCCCCCCGAGCGGCGAGUUCUGGGCGGGCCUGCC